CCACCUACCUGGGUCAGUAGAGGAAGACACGUUCUUCGGCUCCCUAGCUAAGGGUAGAGACAUACAGCGCUGCAGAGCAACAUGUAUGAUCUAAACUCCGUCCGGGAUAUGCUGGAGGCGAACCCGGACAGUAAGUGGAGCUGGGUAAUAUACCGCACCACUUACGGCGACGAUGCUGAGUGGGAGCGGUUUAUGAAUCAUCUAAACACUCGCAUUCGCCUUAAGUUGGAAGCCGAGGGAACGGCGACUUGUUCUCUCGCAUCGAUUGGGCUGUACAAAAUGACCUGCGUCUGGAGGAUGCUAGUAUCCGAAAGGUGCGCGAGUAAGCUUUCGCAAUAAUUCAUUGACUGAGUAGUCUGGAGACUAACUUUCCUAGACGCUUUCGCCGUUGGGUCGAGAGGCGAGCAAACGCUGGGCACUACGCGAUUUCGUGCUUGUGUCGUGGUCGGUUAGCACGAGUUGGAAUCGGUCCUCGAGGACGGUCCGUCGCCGGAGGAAUUCGAUGCGGAUGGGAUGGGCUGGGUCACUGUGGUGUCACUGGAUGAAGAGGAGGGCGACACUGCAGUCGGAGUAUCGUACCUGACACGGGCAUAUGCAUUGAGCGAGGACCUAGGCUGGCAUACC